CUCAGAAGUCCGCCCCACGCCGGGCGGGGCUUGGCCGAACUGCUCUAAACUGCCCCGCGAGCCCAGGGCACCAGCCAAGGGGUGGCCGGCACAGGGCUGGGUCUGGAUGGCUACGUGGAGGCGGGAUGGCCGGCUAACCGGCAGCCAGCGGCUCCUGUGUGCGGGGCUGGCGGGGGCGUUCAGCCUCAGCCUCACCGCGCCCCUGGAGCUCGCCACUGUACUGGCCCAAGUUGGCGUGGUACAAAGCCACUCCCAGGGGCUGUGGGCCACCGGACGCCGCGUGUGGCUGUCAGAGGGGCCAAGGGCCCUGUGGAAAGGGAAUGGCGUGGCGUGCCUGCGCCUCUUCCCCUGCAGCGUGGUGCAGCUAGCCGCCUACCGAAAGUUUGUUGUGCUCUUCAUGGAUGACCUGGGCCAUAUUUCCCAGUGGAACUCCAUUGUGGCUGGAAGUCUCGCAGGCAUGGUUUCCACGAUUGUCACAUACCCUACAGACCUCAUCAAAACCCGAUUGAUUGUGCAGAACAUGCUGGAACCAUCUUACAGGGGGCUUAUCCAUGCUUUUUCUACUGUUUAUCAACAAGAAGGGUUCCUGGCCCUUUAUCGAGGGGUGUCCCUCACUGUUUUAGGUGCUGUUCCCUUCUCUGCUGGCUCCCUUCUAGUUUACAUGAACCUGGAAAAAAUCUGGAAUGGACCCCGAGACCGCUUUUCUCACCUGCAGAACUUUGCCAAUGUCUGUGUGGCUGCUGCUGUGAGCCAGACUCUCUCCUUUCCCUUUGACACUGUGAAGAGAAAGAUGCAGGCUCAAAGUCCUUAUCUUCCCCACUAUGGAGGAGUAGAUGUCCACUUCUCAGGAGCAGCUGACUGCUUCCGGAAGAUAGUGAAAGCCCAAGGGGUACUGGGACUCUGGAACGGACUGACGGCUAACUUACUAAAGGUAGUUCCAUAUUUUGGAGUUAUGUUUAGCAUGUUUGAGUUCUGUAAGAGAAUUUUUCUUUAUCAAAAUGGUUACACCCUGUCCCCCCUGACCUAUAAACUGACCCCAGGAGUGGACCAAAGUUUGAAGCCCCAGGAGUUACGGGAAUUAAAGAAGUUCUUCAAACCCAGAAAACUGCACUCGAAAAAACCAACUCUGUAAAGCUGAAUGGAACUACACUGGAAGAGGAGCAGCAAUCAUAGAUGAAUAGGACCUCUUAACUGUGCACAUCCGGAGGAGGGAGAGGAAAUGAGAGCACUAGACCAUACAUCACCCCAGAACCCCAAAAAUUCCCUCUGAAUAUCUGUGCUUUGAGAAGCUUCUCUGACACUGCCCUGUCACUAUGGCAUCCCAGCAGACUAUAAGAAAGCCUAGACGUAAUCAAACGUGCAGUAUACCCUCUGAGGAGAAACACCAUGCAAAGAAGCACAGCCACAACACUUCAAAGCAUCUUGUACUGAGGUGGCAGAGCAGAGACCAGGGCACAAGCCCAGUCACAGGAGUCCCAAGGAGUAGGCCAAGUUUCAUUGUCUUUGUCCUGUGGCUUCCCCACACAGACUUCUUAAACUGAAACUUUUGCUGGCUUCUGAGAGCACAAACCACCAUGUAGGUUAGGACUUUUUAAAAAAUCCCAAAUAAAAACUUUUUUUGUGUUUUCAAAUGAUCUUCUUACAAAGUCCAGGUUGCAAUCAUCAUGAUGCUGUGGCCUAGACUCCCAGGAGGCUGGGAUUCCAAGUGUGCUCUGCCACACUAGAGCCCUAGAGCCCUCAUCCUUUCUUGAGAAGCCAAGCAUCCCAAGCUUACAAGCUUUUAUUUCAAGAAGGCACUUUUCUCCAGGAUUUCUACCUCCAACCUACCACCCCUUCCCCUGAGUCAAGGUUUCUCUGUGUUGUCCUGGCUGUCCUGGAACUCUGUAGAUCAGGUUGCCUGCCUCUGCCUCCCAAGUGCUGGAAUGAAAGGUAUGCACCACCACCGCCACCUGGCCCCCAUGACUUCUUAAUGAUACACUGACAUUCCUGACUAAAGCCACGUACAGUUUCAGUGGCUUUAAUUAUCUGCCUUUUUAACUUGCUCUGUAAGCCUACUCUGAAAAUAAAUUAUUUAGUCAUCUUCCAUUAUUUUCACAAGAUGUCCUAGUUGCCUAGAAAAUAUCAGAUAGAAGACAUGACACACAUACUUCCCCAAAAUGCCAUGAAG